AAUGAGUCAGGAGAUGCCAGCGAGUCAGCGUAUCUCACGUCACAGUCAUUAUGUUCACGAGGACGUAAAAGAGGAAGACAUUAAAAUGCCCACCCAACUUCCUCCAGAAGUUCAGAGGAAAACUUUACAAGAGAGGAUAAAGGAGUUACAAGAGUUGGUGAGUCAAGAACAGAGUGUGAUUAUGCAAACGAGUAAUGCUCUCAACAAAUGUUGUUCCGGUGAUUCACAGUUUGCCGGUUCAGCCGAGCAGGUGGAAUGUAACCGAUUAUUGUUGGUGUCCUGCCAGAGACGGCAGGCAUACCUGACGGAGAUGCAAAGAUUGAAGGAGACAAAACAGUUGGAGCCGCCCAGUCAGCAGGGACCGAAGGGCUCUCUAACUAUCAGUGAUAUCAGACUGCCUUUAAAGAAAGAUUUUGUUACCAAAAUAGGAACAUCGUCAGAUAAUACAGUACACUAUUUCAUGCUGUUGAUACGAAAUGGACCACAAGUUAUAACAACCCAGAUGUUGUCUACACACGACCCAAUGAUGCGAGGAAGUCUCGACUUUCCAAACUUGAUCAAAAUACACGGAAUUUCUUCUAACUUUAACAUCAACCUGGAAAUCUACAGUAUGUAUUGCUUGUCAUGCUUUCAGUCUGUGUCCAGAGAACAUCAUAAAGAUAAGAAGAAGAAGACACCCAAGAAAACCAAACAUAUGUCACAUGUUGCAAUGGAGAGCCCUGGCGGUCCUACAGCCGUGAGAACGACCAGUUUUACCCUGAUCACGUCACUUCCUAUCACAAUGAAAUCUCUCGACAAAAGCAGCUUUUCACUGGAGAGGAUACCUUUCCUUUCACCACUUCACGGUAUGAUCUACAUGCGACUCAAGUGUAUGAUGGAACAGAAUGUGGAGGAGCGGGGAUUCCUCACCAUGUUUGAGGAUGUGUCCGGUCUCGGAGCGUGGCAUAGACGAUGGAUUGUACUCGCUGGAAACAAACUCUGCUUCUGGAAAUAUCCCGAUGAUGAACAGAGAAAGGAUCCUAUGGGCAUUAUAGAUUUGAAGAGGGUAAUUACGGAGAAAAUUGGUUUGAUACCACGAGAUAUCUGUGCAAGACCUCACACAUUUGAACUUGUGUCGGUACGUCCACCAAGACGAGGGGAACAAGAUACACUUGUCACCAAAACCUAUAACACUAUGACAACUACAAGGUUCAUGUUGUCCGCCGAUACAAAAGAAGAGAGGAUAGUAUGGUGCAAUAAGGUCAACCGUGCCCUCGCCAAUCUCCGCACGUGGCACGCAGACGCAAUGAGGCCGAUCAAGGCACCCAAAUAAACACUACUGUGCUUUCAUCAUAUAUAGACUAUGCUUAAAUAUAGACUCUUGUAGCCAAGACAAUGUUGAUGUACUGUUACAAAUAGAUGUAUGCCAGGAUAACAUUUGUAUUGUAUUGAAACUCAGAAAGAGAUCUUUAAAAUGCGAAAGCAACGUUCAAUAAUAAGCUUAACUUAGAAGACCAACAAAAUUUAUUAUCUAAAAACCCUAAUAAAAGUGGGUAAUUAUAUUGUGAGCAUAGGAGUUGAUGCAUUUGUACUAGAAUUUAAUAAGUUUGCUUUAAGAGAAUUUUUUGUGUGCGAUUUAUACAUAAUAGAUCUUUAAGAUUUGAUGAAAGUAUGAGUUAAACAAUUCCUUCGCCAUAUGAUACUGUAUACUUAAAAUGCCAAACAUCUUCAUUUCUAUAUCGAAUAAGUAGAAAAAGUGUGCCAAAUAACUCACAUUUGUGACUUGGUAAAACUUGUUGAUGCCAUAUUAAGAAGUCAAACUGUACAGUUUUUGUAAUGGUGUGUCAGUUGUCUGUCGAUUGUGGAGAAUAAUACUGGCUGUGUAUGUGAUAUUAUUUUUUAAACGUUAUACAUUAACACAUUGUGUAAGUUAUAUACUAGGUGAUGUUAAAUUAUUAACUUGUAUUUUUUAUAAUAUGUCGUGCAAUCGUGCUUUGAAAAUAAGGGAAAUAUUUACAGUAAUAAUUAUUUUUGGUUUGGGGGUUUUCUAUCAACAUGUUUAGUACAUUAACCAAUAAUUAUCCAUAUUAUAAUUAUCCAAAUUGUAUUCUAAAAAUCUGGUAAAUGGGUGAUCCCUCUGAAUGUCUGUAUCUCGGGGCUUGUAUUCUAAAAUUGAAUUGUAUAUGUUCACAAUAUACUUUUGAACUUUGUAGAAAUAUAUGUAUUAUAAUAUAGCACAAAUUGAACAGAAAUCAAAAUGUAUCAUUGAGUAGCUAUUGAAUUUUUGUAGAAAUUCUGAAUACAUGUAUUUCUUUCUUGUGAUAGCCGUUGUAUAUAUAUACAAGUAUUUUUUAUCUAUUGUUUUUUUGUUUUCUUUUUGAAGAUGUAGAAAAUUCUUAAUGUAGAUAGAUAUAGUCAUGCACAAGUAGUUAAAAACAAGGAUAGAUUUUGUCUUUGGGUACUCAGUGGCUGAGUGGUUAAGUUUGAAUCUGUAAUCCUUCACUGCCUUGAGUUUGAAUCCUGCACAGGAUUUUUGAA